UCGGCUGCUAUCACUGGUAAACAUAUAGUCCAAAGCUGCACAGGAAACAGCUGCAUGACAAGAGAAUGUGAAUAUGAUCAACAGACAAAGCUGUAUGAAGCUGGAUGUAAAUUUGUAGCAGAAAAACCACAAAAUGUCCGAGCAUCUAUAAUGUACAUGCAAAGCCUCUCUUCUGUGGUUGAGUUCUGUGAUCAAAGUACUCAUAAUGAAAAGGCUACAAAUCUGCAGAACAAAAUGUGCAACUACGAAAGCACCUGGGAAGUAAUUAUGAACUCUACGGACUUCAGUAACACCUCUCCAAUAAAUAGCACAAGUCCUCCAUUUGAGACGGCCUUCUCAUUGCUGCAGACCAAAGACAGAGUAGUCUGUCUAGUACUUGAUGUUUCUGGGAGCAUGGCUUGGAAUAACCGCAUUAAACGUCUGUAUCAAGCUGCGGAGAUAUUCCUGCUACAGAUUAUCGAAAUGAAUUCCUGGGUUGGAAUUGUCACAUUCCAAUCUACAGCACAAAUUAAAAUUAAUCUACAACAAAUAGUCACUGAGACUGUACGCCAUGAUCUUAUCACAUACCUGCCUACAUCAGUUGAUGGAGGAACUAAAAUCUGCAAAGGAGUACGCAAAGGAUUUGAGGUGAUUAAACAAAAAUACUCUAAUCUCGAUGGUUCUGAAAUUGUAUUGCUGACAGAUGGAGAGGAUUCAGAUAUGAGCAUUUGCCUUAAGGAGGUGGAAGACAGUGGAUCGAUCAUUCACACCAUUGCCUUGGGGCCAAGUGCUGCUCCAGAACUAGAACAAUUUUCAGACAUGACAGGAGGCUUAAAGUUUUAUGCCACAGAUACAGUUGAUUCCAAUGGCCUAAUUGAUGCAUUCAGUGGAAUUUCAUCAGGAAGUGGAAAUAUUUCUGAACAGUCUACUCAGCUUGAAAGUACAGCUCAGAGUGUCGCAGUCAAGCAGUGGAUGGAUGGUACAGUAACUGUAGAUAGCACUGUGGGAAAGGACACCUUCUUUGUAGUUACAUGGAAUCGAAGCACAUCUCCACCAGACAUUUUACUGAGGGACCCCAAAGAAAAAGAAUAUAGAACGUCAAACUUCACAGUUAGUGAUCUAAACCUCCAAACAGCUCGACUGAAUAUAGCAGGCACUGCAGAGAUGGGGAUGUGGUUUUAUACAAUUCAAAAUAACCACACAGAAUCUCAAGUCAUAUCAAUGAUAGUAACGUCUCGACCAGCAUCUUUGGCUGUGCCUCCAGUGACUGUGAAAGCCCACAUGAACAAGGAUACAAACAACUUCCCUAAUCCAAUGGUGAUUUAUGCAGAAGUUAGUCAAUGAUUUUUGCCUGUUCUUGGUGCAACCGUGAUGGCCACUGUUGAACCACAGACUGGAUCUGCAGUUCAGCUCAAGCUCCUUGAUUAUGGUUCCGGUGCUGAUAUUACCAAGAAUGAUGGAAUCUAUUCAAAGUACUUUAUAACUUUCAAGGGAAAUGGUAGAUACAACUUAAAAGUGCAUAUCCUGGGGAGAAAUCAGACUGUCAGACUUGGCCACAGGCAGAGCCGAGCCUUGUAUGUUCCAGGCUACAUAGAAAAUGGUGACAUCAAAAUGAAUGCACCAAGACCUGAAGUUAGUGAGGAUGAAUCAAGCAAGCUAGGAAGUUUCAACAGAGUUGCAUUAGGAGGUUCUUUUGUAGUGAACAAUGUGCCUUCAGGAGGAACUACUGAUGAGUUCCCACCCUGUAAAAUUGUUGAUCUUGAGGCUCAGUAUGAAGAAGAUAAAAUUCACUUGUCUUGGACAGCUCCCGGGAAUGACUUUGAUGUGGGACAAGCGGAAAGAUACAUAAUAAAAAUGAGUGAAAGUCUUCUGGACCUAAGAAACACCUUUGAGAAUGCUACUUCUGUGAAUACCUCUAGUCUGGUACCUAACCCUGCUGGCACCAAAGAAUCAUUUCAGUUUAAACCAGAAAAUUUCACCAUAGAAAAUGACACCAUAAUCUACUUUGCAAUACGUGCGGUUGAUAAUGCCUCCCUGACCUCAGAGGUGUCUACUAUAGCACAAGUAGCUCUGUUUUUUACUCCAAAGGAAUCCUCGCCUGAUGGUGCAUCUAAUGAUGAUGCUAUCAAUGAAGGUAUUAGUGUUUUAACAAUAGUGUUAAUAGUAGCUGGGUGUGUAGCAGCUCUGUUAAUAGCUGUAAGUAUAACUGUUUGCAUUUUACACAAGAAAAAUAGAAGGGGAUUCGAUGAGAUCAGAAUGUAAUAGAACUAAUUUUAAGAUGAAAGCUCAGUAGGAAUCUAUCCUAAUUUGUUCUGUUUGUGAUUUUUAAAAUAUAUAAGCGAAGACUUAAUUUUGUAAUACAGUUGAAAAUUAAGUGAAUUGACUUUAAAAUAGAUGUGCAUUUAUGUGUAUUUCUGUUCUGCUUUCAAUGACUUUAUGCUGUGUUACAGUACAUGUACAUAGACAAAUUACUGAGUUUAAAAGCAUGUACUCAGUAGCGUAAGACACGAGUAUAAAUGACAAUCUAGAGUAUAAUUUAAUUCUAAUCUUGCAAGAUUUUUGCAACUUUAGGUAUUCUGUGCUUAUUAACAAAAAGUAGCAAAAACGAUGUCUUUCUAUUUUUGUUAUCCAGUUGCUUAGCUAUCAGGAAUGUGAGAUUUUGUAAAAAACAUUUGAUAGAUCUGUAAUCUGUCAUUUGUAUACAUCCCUUUCACAUCCUUUCAGUUAUGUACAGUGAGUAGGAAACAAAAAUAUAUACCUCUCUUGGCCCUGAGCCUGCAAAUGCUUACGUACGUGCACGACUCUACUCAUGGGAGGAGAGUUAUGCAGGUGUUUACCUGUUAUCAGGAUCAGGCCCAUACAGUAUCCACAAAUGAGCAUAUGGAAAACACUUUCUUCCUGAUAUAAUCACCAAUCACACGUGCAGCCUUCCAACUCCAAACUAUUAACAAAAGAACAAAAGCAAAAUAGUAGAAGAGAAGACAAUACAUGCCAAAUGAGCAGGAAUGCCACCUAUCGCAGCAUAUGAUAGAAGCAACUGCAUGUGGCACCAAGGAGGAAAAGCUGUUCUAAAAAUGGCUUUUCACUCAUCUUUCCUAUUUCCUGCAAGCCCAACUUGCAACAUCAUGCUGUAUGAUGUGACACUGCAGAAAUGGUAAAGGAUCAUCCAUUCUAUGGGUAAUGAAAACAUCCAUAGUUACAUUAGAUGGGGUGAAAUUAUUUUAUAAGGGAGGGGCUAGAGAGGAACUUUUCCAUGGGUUAAUUAUUCCAUAACUGUCCAUGUGACACACUGUUUUCCUUUUUAUUCACCACUUUUACAAAACUAUGAUAAAUCUUGUACAAACUAUGCUUUGUGAGGUAUCAUCUGAAAACUCAUAAUUCGCUGAGCAUUAUUGUUCUGGUAAAAUAUAUGUGGCAACAUUGUAUGUAAAGUCAUAAGAUUCUAUGUAUGAUGUUACUAAGGGAUAUUCCAAGUCUGGGAAAGCAGCCUAGACCAGUUCCUCGGAGACAAAAGGCAAACUGAAGCCUCAGCCAGGUUUCAACACAAUCAAAAGGACUAUCAACGGGGUAAGUGGCUGGCAUGAAGAAGGGCGGGAGUAAGAACUGUACAUCUUGGUAAUGGCACAGCUGGGGGUUCCCAUGUAAACAGAAUGGCUUCACCUGAACCCCAGAUGAAGGUGAUUCUCAAAGAGGAGGAAAAGAUAUAAAAAUGAGGAACAGAGGCCCUAAAUCACCUCUCUCCCCUCACGGCAUCAACAACAGUUGAAAGACAAAAGAAGCAUCAUUGAAUUGGGGGAGUGGUCCUGUCUGAAGGAAUCCAGCCAGACUGCUGUAACUAUAUGGUGAGAGAAAUCUUUUGCUUUAAAUUCAUUUAGUUUAAGUUAGGUAUUGGUUUGCAUUUACCUUUUAUUUCUUUGUAACCAAUUCUGACUUUUCUGCCUCAUUAUUUGUAAUAACUUAAAAUCUGUCUUU